AUGGCUGCUCACCCCCCCCCAAGGAGACUCGAUGCAGCAGCAGCAGCAGCAGCAGCAGCAGAAGCAGAAGGAGAAGCAGAAGCAGCAGCAGCAGCAGCAGCAGCAGCAGCAACAGCAACAGAAACAUUUCCGACUCCUGCUGCUGCAGAAGAUACUACACUCAGGAGUGUACUGGCGCGGCUAAGGAACGGACCUGAGGCGAUCACUUUGCUGCUGAAGUGGGACUUUAGCUGCCUAGCAGCACGAAGACAGCAGCAGCAGCAGCAGCAGCAGCAGCAGCAGCAGCAGGAGGAGGAGAAAGAGUUUGAGAUGUUUAUUGAUCUCGAUCAAGACCUGAUGCGAGCAGAUACUGCUGCUGCUGCUGCUGCUGCUGCUGCUUCUGCUGCUGCUGAAACAGGAGAGCUGCUGUUUACCCGUGGUGUAUUCCUUAGAGACACAGCAGCAGCAAUGCGGCAGCAGCAGCAGCAGCAGCAGCAGCAACAGCAGCAGGAGCAAGAUAGCCAGCGAGAAGAAGAUCCUCAGCUGCAGCAGCAGCAGCAGCAGCAGCAGGAGCUGCUGCAGCAGCAGCAGCAGCAGCAAGAAGACCGUCGACUGGGGCUGGAAUUUCUAUCGCGGCUGCUGGGCCACCACUUUGACUUGCAUGCAGCAGCAGCAGCAGAACAAGAGGAAGAGCAGCAGCAGCAGCAGCAGCAGCAGCAGCAGCAGCAGCAGGAGCAGCAGCAGCAGCAGCAGCAGCAGGAGGAGGAGAAAGGAGACAGUUCUCCGUGUGUCUCCUCUCCCGUUUUCUGCAGACAAGUGCUGCUGCAGAUGCUGCAGCAGCAGCAGGAAGCUGAGGGGGGUCUAUCCGGAGCAGCAGAUGUGCUGCAGCUGAUAGAUGAAUACAAAGAAGAGAGCUGCGUUGCUGCAGCAGCAGCAGACAUAAAGGGAAAGUUUAUGGGUCUCCCACCGCGAGCAGAACCAGCAGCAGCAGCAGCAGCAGCAGCUGCUGCUGCUGCUGCUUGCAGCAGCAGCAGACAUAAAGGGAAAAACCAGCAGCAGGUGCAGGUGCAGCAGCAGCAGGAGCGGGAGCUGAUCAAGGCGGAAAGGGUGGAGAUGCUGCAGCAGCAACUGCAGCAGCAGCAGCAGCAGGAGCAACAGCAGGAAUAG